AGGAGAGGAAACCAGUCAUUCAGAGAGAUGAUGAAGAAAGGCUAGGCUGAGGACGAAGGACAGCUAAAAGCUAAGAUGGCAGUUCAGCCUGAAACAGAGGGCUCAUCUUUACUUAAGGCCUACCUAUGGCAGACAGUACUGCCAACUGGGAUGAAGGUGCCAGAACUGGGAUCUAUUCACUACGGAUCAAAAAGCAGCAGGCGCAGGGGCAAAAUACGGAAAUGGAACCGAAUACAAAGCCCACCUGAAAGUGAAGUCCCUGAGUCUGGCCAUGACGAUCUCCCACCAUUGGUCUCCCAAGACAGCAGAGCAGCCACCAAGAGAUCUGUCUUCCAGAGAGCUUUCUCUCUGCCAGGCAGGAUGAGCAAGGCCCAAGAUAGAAGCAGUAAGCUUAGCGUGAGGAAGUACCUGCGCUCCAUGUCUCAUUGGAAGAACCAAGAGAGCCCCUCUCAAAUAGUGAGGGAGACCAAGCAAACAAGCAAAGGUGAUGAUUCUGUUGUCCAUUUGAUUCUAAGCAUGGGUCCUGGUGUUCCUCCUUGGGAUGUGGCUAACGUAUCUCUGCAGGAUGGACAGCUGGUGUUGUGGGGCAGAGAUGAGGAGAAUCUGCUUGAGAAGCGGAAACGAACCAGCAGUUCUGUUUCAGAGAAUAACUCAAUAUUCCAACGAGAUAAGGAGAAUACAGAGUUUUCCCUAGGAGGAGAGGCUCCGGAGAAAAAGGCUUCCCAGGAUGCUUCUUCAGGGACACAGCUUGGCAAUGUGAAGGGCAUGCUCUGGAGACGUUUCAGAAAUCGGAAGGGAUGGCUGCAUCCUAAGACUGAUUCCUCAGGUGAAUCUGCUGUGAAUGGCAAUAGGGAGGCCUUGCCUGGCUCAGCUCUCACCCUGGACUUGAGGAAUGAGAAAGAUGUCUUGAUCCGACCACUUCAUAGCAGCCUUGUGGGAGAGCAGCACUGCUUUGAGGUCCUGAGUGCUGGGAAACGCUACUGCUUUAGCUGUUCAUCUGCUGCUGAGAGAACCCAUUGGAUGGAGAACUUACGUCAAGCUGUCCAGCCCAGUAUGGAUAACUGCCAAAGGAUGGAAUACAGGUUAAGUCUUUGGGUAUAUGAAGCCCGAGACUUGUCUCCCAGGAAGCAAUACCACUGUGAAAUCCAAUUGGAUGGGGUCCCAUAUGCCCGCACAACAGCCAAGCAAGCUAGCACCAUAGGAACUCUCUUCUGGGGAGAGCACUUUAACCUCAAGACGCUUCCACCAGCUGUGGAACUCCAGAUCUACCUGCUACAGGAAGAAGAAGGGCUGUGGCCAAAGGAGAGCCCCAUUGCCAGUAUGUCCAUUCCCCUAAAGGAGCUGGCUGCUGUGCGCCAGCCCUUGGAGAGAUGGUACCCACUGGGGAAAGAGAAGCCAAAUAUGCCCACCCUUCGACUCCGAGGACAAUAUUGCAAUAUCAGAGUGUUGCCCAUCGUACAGUACAAAGAAUUUGCUGAAUAUCUCACUUUCCAUUAUCGGGAAUUAUGUGCUUCACUGGAGCCCAGCCUCAGUGCCAGAGACAAGGAAGAGCUGAUGAGUGUCCUAGUGCGAGUCUUGCAAAGCACAGGCAAAGCCAAGGAUUUUCUCAUUGACUUAGGCAUAGCCGAGCUGGACCGUUUUGAUGAACGGGAAGAUUUGAUUUUUCGUGAAAACACGCUAGCCACCAAAGCUAUUGAUGAGUACAUGAAGUUGGUGGGAAGCCCAUAUCUGAUGGCCACAUUAAGUGACAUUAUAAUCCAGCCAAAUGUUUUGGAGAAUUGCUGUGAAGUGGACCCAAGCAAAUGCCCUCCCCGUGACCUGGCUGACAAUUGCAACCAUCUGCAGCAACUCUGUGAAGAGGUCUUCCUAAGGAUUGCUAUGUCCAGCAACUCCUUUCCAGCUGAGCUUAGCGAGAUCUUCACAGCCUGGCAAGAAGCCUGCCAGUUGCGGGGCAAGGUGGACAUUGGCCAACGACUCGUCUCUGCUUCUCUAUUCUUACGCUUCCUUUGUCCAGCCAUUAUGUCCCCCAGCCUUUUUGGCCUCACACAGAAAUACCCUGAUGAUACCACCUCCCGCACCCUCACCUUGGUGGCCAAGGUUAUUCAGAACCUGGCCAAUUUCACCACGUUUGGGGGAAAAGAGGCCUAUAUGAAUUUCAUGAAUGAGUUCCUUGAGCACAACUGGGAUACCAUGAAAUCAUUUCUCAGCAGUGUUUCAAGCCCUGGUAGUACCAUAGCACUGAGUGCCUAUAAUGACUCAAUUGACCUGGCCCUGGAAUUGUCCAUCCUUCACUCCCUGCUCUGCAACAUAUUCUCUACUCUGGAACAGCGGAUCCAGGAGAAACUGCAGCCUCUGCCAGCAAUCCUCCAGGCCAUCCAAGAGGGAACCCCUGUGCCGGUCUCCAUUCUUCUUGGGCCUCAGAUGGAGGAGAGACACACUGAGAAACAGAAACUAGGGUUUGUGCCACCACGGGAUCUGGGCAAAUACAGUCCUCUGAUCAAGAGUCAGUCCAUGACCAGCAUCCAAAAGAACAGAGGCAAGGAAGAAGCCCUGAUUCCUUUACAUCAGACCAAAACCAGGAGCAAAGUGCAGCGUACUCAGAGUGUCCCAACCCAGACCAAGGCAUCUCGACAUCUUCACAAGCAGAGUAGCAUAGAGCACAUGGUUGACAAUCAGGAUAGCAGCCCUCAGCCUUAUGACUCCUAUCUAUGCAAUGGUGGUAGCCACAAGGCAUCCCAGGGAUGCUCAAAGCUCCAUCCUUCUGUAUCGCUGCGCCAGAAACCAUCAGUCCCUUGGUUACGACAUUCGGAGGAUGCAUCAUCAAUGCAAAAUUGUCUAUACUCCAUGCAACCCCUGGAACAGUAUACAAGGCAGAUGGAAGUGCUGCAAAUGAAGCUGAGUUCAGCCAGAGACAAACAGCAGCUCCUGGAGGAGAAGGUGAAGUCACUGUUUACUCAGAAUCAAGCGCUGCUGCAGGAGCAGGCCAGAUUUCAAGAACGAGAAGAGAUUCUUGGCAAGAGGCUAGAGGAGACGGAACAUGGCCUAGUAAAACUCAGCAGCAGGGUGUCCUGCAUAGAGGCCAGCUGGAAGAAGGAUCAUGAAAAGCUGCGAGCAAGUGAGGAGAAGACCAAACAGCUGGAGCAGCAGCUCUCCAGAAUGGAAAGGGACCAUGACCGGUUUUUCCGUGCUGUUAGCCAGAUGCUGGGUUAUCGAGAUAACCAACCACAUUACGGCAACAACUCUCAGGGCUUGUGUGGAUAAUAAGAUUGAGAAUGGGAAAGCCAUGUUUCCCAUACAGCUCUUGUAUGAAUACAGAGAAGAGGAUGGAAAAAUGUGUCUUCCACUGACAAGCACAGCAUCGUGUUAAGAGUUCUCAAUGGUAUUCAGCCAUUGCUGCAGCUUCCAAUCCAUCCCUACCUGAGAGUUUAUUCACAUACAUUCCAUCUGCUGGCUUAAGGAUACCCUAUUUACCAUUUCCUGGGUACAUAUCCUCACUGCAGAGCUGCCUUGGCCUGAAAAUGUUUUUCCUGAGAAAAUGGAAGAAAAUCUUCCUUCCAACCUGUGCAUUUUUUUCUGAAGUGAUUUCAGCAAUAGUUGGAGGAAGAGAUGCCUUCCAUCAGUCUUGUCAAGUUCACCAUCUCUUACCAAGCUCCACUCCUCACAUGCUUUUCUCUUGCAUAGACCAUUGGUUGGAAAAAGUAUAUUACUAGCUUGCAGUCUAGAGCUCUGUUGUGCUGCUAAUGAGAUCCCCCUCACCAAAUAGCCCAGUAAACUGCCUGAAAAGCAACACUAUCAGCCUCCAUCCUGAGGUUUGGUGAAAGGCAGACUUGGGGGCAGUGGCUCUUCUAUCAGCAUACGUUCCUCCUGUAGGGAGGAAGCACAUCUACUGUGGCUAUGCAGAUGAGCCCUGAGAUUGCAUCCCUGUUUCUGUUGCCUGUGUCAACAUCCAGCUACAAGUCUUAUUGUUUUCAUCUCGUCAGCCUGAAUUUGCAGCUUCUAUACCUAAAAGCAUAUAUAACCUGCAAUGCAAAGGCCAGUCUUGUAAAUUUUGGACAAUAAUUGCUUCUAUGCCCAGAAAAAUCUUAAGCAAACAUGAAAGAAACAUGUCCUGUGGGGUUUUUUUUUCUUGUUUUACCUAUAAAAGGUGCAAAGCACUGCCUUCUUCCAUCAGAAAAUUCUGAUAAUUUAUUAUCUUGUCUUUGAGGCUUUUUCUGAGCCAGGUGAUGUGAGGGAUGGGGCUUACUGAAAUUAGCCACCCUGGGAUGCCCAGUACCUGCCAUUAUGAUCUGCUACCAUCCUGCUGCACCAUGUGUUAAAGAAUAAGGCUCUUCAUCCCUAUCCCAAGCAGGCUGUUCACACUUGGCUGAUGGAUGUGGCCACUGGCCCCAGGGCAAGUACUAACCAUUUCUGAGAUUAAGAAUGUGCAAUGUUGUCUUCCAUCUGCUCUCUUCCCUCUAGGAAGGCCACCUCCACCUGUUCUUUUUCUGCUAUGUAUCACAAAGUAGCCUUUUCUCACUUGUGUUAGUUUUACCUACAUCUGCUAUUUAUAUAUAUAUAUAUAUAGAAAUAGGCAUUUGGCAUUUGGAUGGCAUUUGGGAAGUAAGGUCCCCGGACAGGAACCUGCUCCUUUAGCUGAGCUGUCUCUGAGUCACCCUUCCCCAGUGGUAGCUCUUGUGUUCCCACCUUUUAGUCUACUAGCCAAUCUGAAGGCAUCACACUUGAUGAAGGGGCCACAGUGGCAAUGGUGGGAUUCAGCCGGUUUGCACCACUUCGGCAGAACCAGUAACUAAUUUCUUGUUGCCCAGGCCCAGAAUGGACUUCUGGAAAUGGCAUUUACACAGAGAACUGGUUGUUCACAUAUUUGAAUCCCACCACUACACAGUGGCAUUAUUCAGGAGACCUCUUCACAACUGAAUCAUCCUGCCAAAGCUAGCUUUCCCACCCAGGUUCUCUUUCAAAAAAUUAAAAGCUAAGCAUUUAUCAAAUUUCCAACUUUUCCAGAUUUUCUAUGCAGGGAAUAAUGGAAAUAGCUCUGGGCAAGAUAUUUGGAUAGAUGUUUCUCUAGCUGGUCUCCAGAAGAACAAUAUCUCUUUCUUUCUCAUACCAGUUUAAAAUGAGGCAAGGCAGUGGCUUCUUUAUCAUAAAUUAUGUUGCCAUGCAGUCAAGUAUGACUGGCUCAUGGUUCUGUUAUAUCAUCAUAUUGCUCACUAAAUAGUAAUGCACCUGUUGGGCAUUAGAUGGGAUCCUUGUAUAUCCAGGACUAGACUCUUUUAAAAAUACUGCCAGCUCUUUUUUUAUUUCAAGCAAGUUUGGUGCUUUGUGGGGAAAGUACCAGAUCUAUAUUUAAGAAACAAGACAAGCACUCUGGAACACCUACUAGUCCUAUGCUGCGGGGAGAAGGCUGACUUGAAACAUAAGAGCCAAGUUCUUCUACUUGCCAGAAACUGGUUCUGUCAUGGGUUAAUGCAUUAUGGGUCUUGAGGAAGAGAUUGUGCAUGCCCCUCCUGCAGACUGUUUGGAUUGCCUUGGGGAGGGGGCAAUGCCAUUUUGCCUACUUGGUGGAGUAUUUCCAAAUGUUGCCAGCCACUGCCAUUCACUGCUACCUUCUAGAUCCUCUCCUCUCGUUUCAUCCAGUGGCCAUCCUCCGCAUCUGUGACCUGUCAGCUAGGCUGUUUUUUUGAUACAAAUUUAGUAUUCUUUUUAAAAAAUUGCUAGAUCUUGGUCCAAAAAUAAACCAACUUCUUUAAGCAACUAGAAAGGUGGCAAAUUCCUCUGUUCCAGGCAGCCACCUACUCGCAUCCAAACUCACCCCACCAAAGUUAAGGAGAAAUAUCGGUGGAAGGUUUUCUCCCACCAAGUGACCCUUUGGCGGGAGGGGAAACAAAGUCACAGAAAUCUACAAGUCUUUUUCCUUAAUUUGUCCCACAUUCAGUGUAUAGGGACAGCACUACUCACCAGCAGGCAGGACAGAGGUUCAACAAUCAGGGCAACAAAAAAUUAGACUGGAAGAUAACAUUUGAUGGAAUGCUAUGAGGAAAACUUGCAACAAAUGCCAAAAAUAACAAAAAAAGUUUAUUUCAGUAUAUAAGGGAACAAGAACAUUUCCUUUUCCGAUCAAGGAAAUGAUCAGUCCACUAAUAAAAGAUGGCAAGAAAGUGACGGGCAGCAGGGAGAAAGUGGAACAACUUAAUUCCUUCUUUUCAUAAAAUGAAAAAAAUACUCCAACCUAUCAAAAGCAGCACAAAACAGGGAGACAAAACAGGAAUGCAGGUAAAAAUAGGCUUUAAAAAUUAGUAAGAGUGGUGGUAAAAGAUAUAGCUUUCAUUUUGGGGGCUGAGCCUGAAGAAAUACUGAGAGAGACGGAAAAAGUUUUUAGGGUUAAUUCAAGGGUUGCAGCAGUUUCUUGUGAUAGAAGAUUUUUUAA